AUGAAUUAUUGCAAAAAUGAAAAGCUCUCAGUUAAGACCGCGUUUUAUAAACACAUGUUCUCUGAACUGUGCUCAACGAGGGGGCAGUUCGUAUUUUUGAGGUACCUGCUCCUCAUGCCAACAUUAAACAGCGUUCUUACGGAACAUUCUCAUUGCUUAAAGGGCGUACUUUCUGUAAAUCGGGUGGGAAGUGAUCCUCCUACGAUUGUACUCCCAGUUCAUCACUGUGAGCGAAUAUAUGGCGUAUUGCUCGAUGAAGUGACAGGAAAUAAUGUGUUGUUACCAUUACCAAAUGCUCUUACGCUGUUACAUAUUUGA